AUGGGGUAUCCUUUUCGGCAGCAAAAAAGACAAGGAAGUUCCGCCAAUAUCAUUCAAUGUGCUGGAACAAGCCAAGCUAACUGGAAGCAUCAUUCCGGUCAAAAGCUCCUCGCUGGGUUCAACUUAGAUAGUGUGAAAACUCGAGGGGAGAUCCUACUGCCUACAAAUGCCGAGGGAGUCAUAAAGACUACCUUGUUUGAGGUAGUAAACGGUGACAUGGGCUACAACAUUAUUUUCGGCAGACCAUGGCUGCACGAAAUGAAGGUUGUGCCAUCAACUUACCAUCAGCUCCUGAAAUUCCUAACUCCGGAGGGAAUCAAACAAAUAAUAGGAGAUCAACCGGCGGCAAAGGAGAUGAACGCGAUCUCAGUUUCUAGCAGUAAAGAGAAGGAACAUGCGGCAUAG